GUGCGGGCGGCGAGUGCGGUGAGCGCGCGAGAAGGGCCCGAGCCGGCCUGGGAGCCUCCGGAGCCGAGUACAGCGAGUGGCGAGCGCUUGGGUGGUGGCGGCGGCAGCGUGCGCGAUGGCUCCGGCCGCGGACCGCGAGGGCUAUUGGGGUCCCACGACGUCCACGCUGGACUGGUGCGAGGAGAACUACGCGGUGACCUGGUACAUCGCCGAGUUCUGGAAUACAGUGAGUAACCUGAUUAUGAUUAUACCUCCAAUUUUUGGUGCAAUUCAGAGUGUUAGAGAUGGACUGGAAAAGCGGUACAUUGCUUCUUAUUUAGCACUCACAGUGGUAGGAAUGGGAUCCUGGUGCUUCCACAUGACUCUGAAAUAUGAAAUGCAGCUGUUGGAUGAACUCCCAAUGAUUUACAGCUGUUGUAUAUUUGUGUACUGCAUGUUUGAAUGUUUCAAGAUGAAGAACUCUGUAAACUACCACCUGCUUUUUAUCUUAGUUCUAUUCAGUUUAAUAGUAACCACAGUUUACCUUAAGGUAAAGGAGCCUAUAUUCCAUCAGGUCAUGUAUGGAAUGUUGGUCUUCACAUUAGUACUUCGAUCUAUUUAUAUUGUUACAUGGGUUUAUCCAUGGCUCAGAGGACUGGGUUAUACAUCCUUGGGCAUAUUUUUAAUGGGGUUUCUAUUAUGGAACAUAGAUAACAUCUUUUGUGAUUCACUGAGGAACUUUCGAAAGAAGGUGCCACCUAUCAUAGGUGUUGCCACACAGUUUCAUGCAUGGUGGCAUAUUUUAACUGGCCUUGGUUCUUAUCUUCACAUCCUUUUCAGUUUAUAUACAAGAACUCUUUACCUGAAAUACAGGCCAAAAGUAAAGUUUCUCUUCGGAAUCUGGCCAGUGAUCCUGUUUGAGCCUCUCAGGAAGCACUGAUGAAUUAUUCCACCAAGAAAACAAAAAAGCAUCUACCAUAGGCCUGGCCAAAUGAAUAAAGAAAUCCUUAAAGAUCUACACAUUCAAAUAUAUUAUGACCAUCAGAGUAAAGAGUGACUUUCUGAGUAAUGCUGCCAGUCACGCAGAGAAUAAGGAAUGGGGCAUGUUGGAUGUUUAGCUUGUGUCUUUAUCUCAUUGUCCUUCUCCUCCUCACCCUCACUCUAAAAUGUUAAAAAAAAAACAAACAAACAUGAUAUGUGUGUAUAUACUCAAAUGCUGGAAAAAUGAGGCUUUUCUUAACAGGUUAACAGUUUGUGUGGAUCAUAGGAAAUUGACCUCCUUCCCUUUUUUGAUAAGGGUUGCAUGUGAAUUAUAUUUGCUUAAUAUUUGAUUAAAUAAUCAAAACAGCUAAGUAUCAGAAAACCCCAUAUCCAGAUGGCCAGCUGUGGAACCGGCACUUAGCAUUGUAAGCCUUGAUUUAUAUUCUUGUCAUAGUAACCUCAUGAAUGAUUUUCCAAGGUGAAAAAUAGUUUUGAUAGUUCUUCACUGUCUGCCUUCGUGCUAGUCAGUAUGUCAUAAGCAAGCUCCAUCCUGCUGCUAGGUUCCAUACUUGCCAUAUCCCAGAUUUGCAGUGGGCUCUGAGGUGUCUGUGUGUGGCCACAGCCAAUCAGAGUGCGUGGGUCAUCUUGUAAUAUUUACGAAGACCAUGAGGACACUUGUAGAAUGUUAUACCUCCAGCCAGUUAAGGGUGGUUUCUCAGUUUUCUUUGAUCCUUGCAGAUCUUUAAGUUUCACUGGUAUUAUGGCUAGGCAGACAUGACUGGUGGUCUGGCCUACUCCCCAUAUUCCAUCCUCUUAGCCUAAUUUAUUUGAAGUUACCAGUGAAUAUUGUUAUACUCUGACUUUUUAAAUUAUGAAAUAUUUUCCAGUUUUCAGAGAGGCUAUGGUUAUGCCCAGGGAAAUAUUUCAGGUUAACUAGAGCGAAAAUGAUCAGGAUCCUUUUUACCUAAAGCUUAUGGGAAUAUCUGCCCCUUCAUAUUUUGAAGGAAAUAGAUAUGAGUUGAGAACAGCUCUAACUUACUUGAACUUGUAACAGAACUCACCAAAAUUAAAGUGUUAAGAAAUGGCAGUGAAAUAUCAUUGUAAGGCAGCUAGUUCUAAUUUAGCUUUGAACAUAUAACAAAUUGAAUCACUUUUCACAAACAUAACACCUGUCCGGAGUAAAAACCUGAUUUGGCCCCUUUGCUGAUGUAUCACCGUAUUUGUAGCUCCAUAUGAUUUGGUAUUUUUGCAACUUUUUCCUGCUCAUGCAUUAUAAAAUCCAGAUUGUUUUUACCACAUGGUGACAUUGACUCAGAUUAAAUCCUGAAGCUACAACUUCAAAAGGAGAAUCAUUUUUUUUUCUUAUGCAAAGGUAUAAAAUACUGCUAUCAUUUCUCCAGUAUGUAGUAAGUCUCCUUGGUACAAAUUUAAAACCAAUAGAAAUUUUGUUUUUCUUCACCUAUUAGCCUUAGUUUUAGUCAGAGUACUAUUUUCCUUAACUUAGUGUGCCAGCAUGCCAUUUGGCAGAUAAGUCUGCCUACUUUUAUGAUCUUCCAGCAAGAAAAACACUUGCCAAAAUAAAUCUAAAGAACUUUGGUUGUGCCUUAAGAAAAUCUAAAUCUAAGCCAUUCCAACACACAGCCCGUAAGACUGUUCUUUUGCCACAAGAUUCUGACUUCUGGCUACAUGUCAUGUGCCAUCUUACAUUUUUUAAAUAAGUUCAUUUGUUUCACACCAUUGUCUUUUUGUACUUUUCUUUCAAGAUACACUUCUGUGUAAAGAAUUUAUAUAUGGCAACAAAGACACAGCCUUCUUGACAGUGCAGCUAGGUGUGUGCCACCGAGUUUCUGUGUAUCACAGUCAGAUGAGGUAUGGAGAGCUGCCCCCACUGACACUGGGGUCCUUUCCAGCAGCUUGCUGAAUGGGCAGUUCAGCUGCCACCCCCUGGAGUCGCUUGAAGAAGGUUGUUCAACACCUCAGUGGAGAAGCAUGGGCACCACUGGAUGACUUGUAAUGCUGUGGCCGGUUCUUCAGAGACCCUUGUUUCUGCUGUAAAAACAGCAAUGUGAAAGCAGAAAGGAUCUUAGAAGUGCUGAAAGGAAAGCAGAGACUGAAUCCAGACUCUUAACUCUCCGAGUUAGUCUGUGCCUCUUAUGUGGCUCUCCUUCUAGCGGCCUAAGUAUUUGCACACUCCAGACUUUGUUUCUGUGCCAUAGUGAGUAUUAUGGAAAUACUGCUGACCUUCAGGAUAUCACUAAAUCGAAUUUAUUUCAAUGGCUUUAUUUUUCCCUUCUAGGAUUAUGGGUGGGCAUUAUAGGGUUUGAUUACUACCCCCUUCCCUUUAUUUUCUUGGCAGACUUCCUGAACUAGAGUAUACAAAAAACCUGUUUUCUGCUGAGCAAACAAUUGUUUGUUUACAUAUCAUCUGAUAUGGAAGGCAUUCCUCUGUGAGCCCUAUACCAAAAUACCUUUCAGAAAAUACUGAUACCUUAAGAGGAUAUGAAAGAAGCAGUUUGCUUGCACAUCUUAAUAUCCUCUCAUUUUCACAGAAAAUUGAAAGCAACUUGCCUUUUUUUUUUUUU